AUGCUGCCUUACGUGGACCUGGUCUUUGACUAUCCUGCUAGGCUCACAGGAGCCUCAAUCGAUGAGCUAAAGCUCAUCACCUCCUUCCUCCUCUCCUACCCUUUUGCCGCUGUAUUAAAACGUCUCCCUGACGCCCAACCCUGGAAGAAAAAUGCCUUCAUCAUCGCCGUCUCACUGUUCUACAUCGUCGGCCUUUUCGACCUCUGGGAUGGCCUCCGCACCCUCGCCUACAGCUCCGCCGGUGUCUAUCUGAUCGCAUACUACGUGGAUGGCUCGCUGAUGCCAUGGAUCGGCUUCGUGUUUCUCAUGUCACAUAUGUCCAUCUCCCACAUUUACAGGCAGAUCCUGGAUGAUGCGCAGGUGAUUGACAUCACGGGUGCCCAGAUGGUACUGGUUAUGAAGUUGUCGUCGUUCUGCUGGAACGUUCACGACGGACGAUUGCCACAGGAACAGCUGUCCGAGCCGCAGAGGUACGCUGCUAUCACGCAGUUCCCUAGCGUUCUGGACUAUCUGGGAUAUGUGCUGUUCUUCCCGUCGUUGUUUGCGGGGCCAUCGUUCGAGUAUGUCGACUAUCGCCGCUGGAUCGACACGACGCUGUUCGACAUCCCCCCAGGCACGGACCCGAGCAAAGCACCCCCGACACGGAAGAAGAGACGUAUCCCGCGCAGUGGACGCCCGGCAGCCAAGAAGGCCAUUAUAGGCCUAGGCUGGAUUCUACUCUUCCUCCAACUCGGCUCAAGGUACAACCAAGACACCAUUCUGAACCCUGAGAACAACUUCAUGCAAUACUCUUUCCUCCGCCGCAUCUGGAUCCUCUACCUCAUCGGCUUCACCACCCGUCUCAAGUACUACGGCGUCUGGUCCCUGACUGAGGGUACCUGCAUCUUAUCCGGACUGGGGUAUAACGGCUUUGAUCCUCGCAGCGGUAAAGUCUUCUGGAACCGCUUGGAGAACGUCGAUCCAUGGGGUCUGGAGACGGCGCAGAACUCACAUGGCUUCCUGGGCAGCUGGAAUAAGAACACCAACCACUGGCUUAAGAACUAUGUGUAUCUACGUGUGACGCCAAAAGGCAAGAAGCCUGGCUUCAGGGCUAGUAUGGCUACAUUUGGGACUAGUGCUUUCUGGCACGGUUUCUACCCUGGAUACUACAUGACUUUCGUGCUGGGAUCAUUCAUCCAAACUGUUGCUAAAAACUUCCGCCGCCACAUCCGCCCCUUCUUCCUAACCCCCGACGGCACAAAACCAACCCCCAACAAACGCUACUACGACAUCGCAAGCUGGCUCGCCACCCAACUCACCCUCUCCUUUGCCGUCAUGCCAUUCAUUUUCCUCUCCUUCGCCGACUCCAUGGCCGUCUGGCAAAGUGUCUACUACUACGGCAUCCUCACGACGCUCUCAUCACUGGCAUUUUUCUCCUCGCCUGCGAAGAAGAUCUUCAUCAAGAAACUGCAGGCUAGGGCUGGAAACACCGCUGGUGCUAAGAAGGCUGUUUCUGCGCCUGCUGGGCCAACGACGCCGGCCGCUGAUGGGCAUGAGCGUGAUCAAACGCUUGGUCUUCCGGAUGACCCUGGUAAAGAUCUUGGCGAGGCUGUCCAGGAGAUUAAGGAGGAGAUUGAUGCUAGAAACCGCCGUGGGAGUACGGUUGGCAUGCCUUCUGGGGAGGAGCUGAAGGCUGCUGUUGAGGAGAGGAUUGGGAGGAAGCUAUAG